AUGGCCUACCCAGCCCCCACUGCGGACCAAAACAAGGCUGCUCUGGAUUGCUUCAUUCAACAGCAUGUCUCUCCUGAUAUGAUCUCGUACCUCGCCCAGAAGGCCACCCAGGUCAUCCGGUGCGAGCAGGUUCCCCAUCUCAACAAGAACCUUCCUCCGACCCCCCCGGCGACUCCUCCCCAGCACUCGACCCAAUUUCGGGAACCAGUCCUGCCAUCGGUUGAAGCAUUCAUCACGUCACUCGUCGAGAGGUCACAUGUCCAGGUCCCAACCCUCAUGACCUCGCUCGUGUACCUCAGCCGUCUCAAAGCUCGCCUUCCUCCUGUCGCCAAGGGCAUGAAGUGCACUGUCCACCGCAUCUUCCUUGCAUCACUCAUCCUGGCUGCUAAGAACUUGAACGACUCUUCGCCCAAGAACAAGCACUGGGCUCGGUACAGUGCUGUCCGCGGCUUCGAGAACUUCGGCUUUUCCAUUACCGAAGUCAACCUUAUGGAGAAGCAGCUCCUCUUCCUCCUCGACUGGGACCUGAGGAUCAACCCAGAAGAUCUCUACCUUCACCUUGAGCCCUUCCUGGCCCCCAUCCGCGAGAAGCAAUCACGCCUCGCUGAGAAGGCCCGCAUUGCUCAGCGUGAGAAGGAAAUGAUUGCCCAACAGCAAUACAACCUCUCUAUGGAGAACAUCAGCCGCUCACGUCUGGAACUUCCCACCUACGAGGCCGAGAGGUCAUUCACGGUGUAUGCUCACGACCAACAACAACGAUUCCGACCUUACGCUACACCUUCCUCAACCCGCACUGGAUCAUCACGUGCUCCUUCCAGGACUCCAUCACUAUCUCCUCCCACUCGAAGCUCUUCUGCUCUCUCGACUGCUAGCUCCAUGUCAAGUCUCUCGAGUGUCCAUGAUGAGCACGGGGAAGCACUUGUUCAACGUUACGAUCAUGACAGUGGUGCGAUGCUCGUGCACAUCCACCCACCAGCUGCACUGAAAGUCAACCACCUCCUCCCUCUCGAUCGCUACGACGAGAAGCCAGCGAAAAAGGCUAAGACUUCCACUGGAGGCUUCUUCACCCGCGUCUUCGGCGCGGCUGGCAACUCUCGCGGCCAAGCAACCACCGCCUACUAG